AAAGUUGGCAAGUGAGCUACCUCGCCCCUGGUUUACAACAGCGCCUCUCAGCGUGCAUGAGGAGAAUCGCAAGCGACCAACACUUCAUCUACUCCAUCAGAAGUGAAGAUGGCGGAGGGUGAAUUGAACGUGGACAGCCUCAUCUCUCGUCUUUUGGAAGUGAGAGGAUGUCGCCCGGGGAAGAUAGUGCAGAUGACCGAGGCGGAAGUGCGAGGCCUCUGCAUCAAAUCUCGGGAGAUCUUCCUCAGCCAGCCCAUCCUGCUGGAGCUGGAGGCCCCUCUCAAGAUCUGCGGCGACAUCCAUGGGCAGUACACGGAUCUGCUGAGGCUCUUCGAGUACGGCGGUUUCCCCCCGGAGGCCAACUACCUGUUCCUGGGCGACUACGUGGACCGAGGCAAGCAGUCGCUGGAGACCAUCUGCCUGCUGCUGGCAUACAAGAUCAAAUACCCGGAGAACUUUUUCCUGCUCAGGGGCAACCAUGAGUGUGCCUCCAUCAACCGCAUCUACGGCUUCUAUGACGAAUGUAAGCGCAGGUUCAACAUAAAGCUGUGGAAGACCUUCACCGACUGUUUCAACUGCCUGCCCAUUGCUGCCAUAAUUGAUGAGAAGAUCUUCUGCUGCCAUGGAGGACUCUCACCUGACCUGCAGUCGAUGGAGCAGAUCCGCAGGAUCAUGAGGCCAACGGACGUGCCUGACACAGGCCUCCUCUGCGACCUCCUGUGGUCCGACCCAGACAAGGACGUGCAAGGCUGGGGUGAGAACGACCGCGGUGUGUCCUUCACCUUCGGCGCCGACGUGGUCAGCAAGUUCCUCAACCGCCACGACCUGGACCUCAUCUGCAGAGCCCACCAGGUUGUGGAGGAUGGCUACGAGUUCUUUGCCAAACGCCAACUGGUCACUCUUUUCUCAGCACCCAACUACUGCGGGGAAUUUGAUAACGCGGGUGGCAUGAUGAGCGUCGACGAAUCGCUCAUGUGCUCCUUCCAGAUCUUAAAGCCGUCAGAGAAGAAGGCCAAAUAUCAGUAUGGGGGGGUCAAUUCUGGUCGGCCUGUGACUCCAUCCCGCACCACUCAGGCCCCCAAGAAGAGGUGAACGUACAGCCUUCAGUCCCCACCCAACACUGCAUAGUCACCCCACUCCCACACCUCCACCUCCCAGGCUUAUCUGAACACCCCACCACACCCCCCCGACUCCACUGACUGCUCUUUUCUUAAUGUGUACAUAAAUUUGCUGUGACCAAUCUUUUUUUUUUGCCUGUUUGUUAAUAUUUUUUUACAUUAACACAUUACUGUGGUUUCCCUCUUGAGUUAGAGCAAGUUUGUUUCCUUUUUAAAUUUCCUGAAAAAGACAAAAAAAAAGUAGAUAUGAUGUUUUUGCCUCCAUCACUCAUAAAGGCAUCUUCAUGCACUUUCUAAAUUAGCCGACAUGAAUAACAUGAUAAAUACGCUUACAUGUGUAUUAUGUAUAUUUUAAAAAACAGCAAAAAUAAUCCACAACCAGUAUUGACAUCCUUCUCUAUAAUCCUCUCUUUCUGUUUUGUGGUGAGACACGUGCAUUCAUUUGCAGGCAUUUCAGAAGUAGCCACUCAUGGUCAGUAUUUUCAAUUGUUUUUGUUAUUUUUGCAGCGUAAUACACCGCAAUAUUUGGUGUUGCACAAAAUGACGUCAUUUGGUGGCUUUGAGGCAAAAUUGUCCAUCCUCCUUUUUUAAAUAUGUAAUAUUUAAUUUUUUUUAUAUGCGAGAGUGGGUGCACGUUUAGCAUUGCUUCGUGAUUGUGACCCCACCUGGUGUUUAGAUACAGUAGUGCAGCACCAAGUAGGCCUACAGCAACAACUGUGUGCAAAGAUCCUCCUGUUCCAAAUGAUGCAGCCUCCAGUCUAUCGCAGAUGUGUUCUCCUUUGGAUAUUUCUCUUCUGUUUGUUUUUGUUUGCUCAAUUCACAUAGUUUUUAAUUUAUUUACUAAAAAUGAUUAUGAUGAUGACAUGAAAUGAGUGAGGCGUUAACCCAAAGCAAGUUUGGUUUUUUUUGCAAUUUGUACAAGUUUGAAAGUCAAUAAAUGAAUAAAGUAUGUGGAUGGAAAGUCUAAAAAAAUGUUUUCUCUUUU